AGGACAGUCUCCUCUUCCACCUCCUCUUCUUCUUCUGUUUCUUCUUCUGUGUGUGGUAGUGGCGUUGAGGGGUGCACCGACAGCCGCAUCUGACUCCAGUCCCGAGGUCCCGGCCAGACGUGUGAUGGUGCGGACUCAUUGAUAAAAAUCAUCUGCCGCUGGAAUUAAAAUGAGCACUCCUGCUGCGCGACUCUCCUCCUCCACAUAGCUCUUCCUUCUCUGCACGAGAUCUGUUUUUGUGUGAUUUUGUGUGACAGCAGGCGACGCAGGAUGUCUACUACCUUAAUGCUGGUGAUUGUGUGCGCUCUGGUGGUGUUAGCGUUGGCGUCUAAGACGGAGCGGGCGGUGCUACUCACUUGUGACUCCGACCAGUACACCGACGAUGGAGUCUGCUGCGAGGAGUGUCCACCAGGAGAGGGAGUGGUGAAGAAAUGCGGUGCCACACAGACCUUGUGCGCCCUGUGUUUGGACAGUGACACCUUCUCAGAGAACUACAGUCUCACAGAGCAGUGCACACCUUGCACUCAGUGUUUCGGCCGGAUGCGGAUGGAGACGCCCUGCACUGACUCCAACGACGCCGUCUGCAUCUGCAGCUACAACCUCUUCUUCGACAAGGUAGCCAACCAGUGCGAGCCGUGUACGGAGUGCCCGCUGGGCCAGGGUGUGUUCGCGCACUGUGUACACGACUACGACACGGUGUGCGAGGAGUGUGUGGACGAUACCUACUCUGACCGGGAGAGCUCCCUCGACCCCUGCCUGCCCUGCACCAUCUGUGAUGACGACAGUGAGAUACAGCUGGAAGUGUGCACACCAAACAGUGACUCCGUCUGUCAUGAUCCUCUCCUCCCGACAUAUUUUGCUCCCACCUCUGAUAUGGACCUGUCUCCACCCUCCUUCACCAAUUACUUCCUCCCUGGUGGCUCCGAGAGCCCUUUGCCAGGAGGAGAGUCGACCACGUCCAGCGCCGGCUCUCCUCGCUUCCUCGGCCACGGGCUCAAUGAAAACCUCAUCCCCAUCUACUGCUCCAUCCUGGCCGCCGUGGUGGUGGGCCUCGUGGCCUACAUCGUCUUUAAGAGGUGGAAUAGCUGCAAGCAGAACAAGCAGGCAGCUAAUAACCGCGCGGCUACAAACAACCAGAUGGUGACGCCGGAGGGAGAGAAGCUGCACAGCGACAGCGGCAUCUCGGUGGACAGUCAGAGUCUGCAGGAGCAGCAGCAGCAACAGCAGCAGCAGCAACAGCAGCAGCAGCAGCAGCAGGCCCAGGCUGAAGUCCAGGCUCAGCCUUCACACUCAGGCACACAGGAACAGAUAGUGGUGAGGGUGGAUGGCGGCCCCCAGCCUAACACGCCUCUCCCUGAAGUCUGAGGAAGAGGAGGAAGCAGAAGAGGAGGCGUCAGAGCUGAAGACAGGGAGAGGAGAAUGGGGGACUUGAACCGUGGACCAAAAAGAAAGCAGUAAAACUGACUUGCCACAGAGCAAAGACUUGACUUGCAUGGACCUCCCAGCACUUUUGGGCAACAGUCUGACUCUUCAUCCCUGCAGAUAGAGUCCAACUCUAUCGAUCAGUGCCUGGACACGACCUCUACGGCGCAACAUCAACCACUAUCUGUACCAACGUCACUGCAGAUACAUAAUCAAAGCUAUAUGCCAGUGCAUCUCCUAUUAACUCACUAUUCCAGUAUCUAAUAUUGACAUAAUUCUCACUAACUGCCAAUUUAGUGUCCUCAGCUCCUUCUAAAGCUUUACAUUUCCCCCUUAAUUCCACAAUCACUAGCCGUGAAACAUACUGUAUGUGCCUGAAAGGUAAAUAGGCAGAAAGGUUCUCCAUUAUCUCCUCGUUCUUUUCUUUGUGCAUCAAAGAGACCUUCUUCCUCAGAGAGCAGCCUUUUCCCUCUCACAUCUUCCUCUGUGACGUUCCUGCUCUCAGAUAAUCCUCCGUCUCUCUCCAUAGGACUCGCUCUAUUAGACCCCCGCCAUCAUCUGCGAUACAAAAAGCAGCGGGGGAGCCGUGAGUCAUUCCCUUCUUCUUCUGAAGUUCCUUGUUCUUUUAUCAUUUAAGCACAGACGUUUUUCAUGGCAUGUUGUCUUGUAAAAUUGCAUCGUUGGUUGAGGUUGGCUACACCGACGGAUGUAAGUGACUCAUAUUUGGGAAGAAAGGUCAUUUGCUCGCUAAUCAACAUUUUUUCCUCUGCGAGAUCCCUUCUCAGCGCCUCCAGGGAUUGUGUUUCAGUAAUUUCAUGCUUUUAAAGUAACACGCCCCGAUGUUUUUCUGCUGUUUGUGGUACAUUACUUUCAUUUUGUGGCUCGAGUUAUGCAGCUGAUUCACCAGGGUGCCUCCAUGGUGCUCUGUGAAGCCUGAACGUGCAACGCGAGAGAAGCACCAUCGGACUGUGCAGCUCUGCUGACUCACUGUGAUGCAUCUGACGUCAUCAGUGACUCCGUGUACAGAGCUGCUUAUUACACAGAUGCCUAAAUGAAUUCAGUUCUGAAAAAAGGAAUCCCAUCUGUCAUUCUUUACGCUCACUGAGUGGAAAAUUGGGACACCCCUCAGAGGCAAACUCUCCUCACUAUCCUCUCAGCUCACUGAUAGCACCAACCUCCACACACACACACACACACACACACACACACACACACACACACACACUCACUCUCACAGUCUUGCUUACAGCUCCGUCUGCGUGAUAGAGCCUUAUAAACAGUGUUGAGGUGCUUAUUCAUCGGCUGCGGCGGCGCUCACAUCAACACAGGGCUCAUUAGAGAGACGUUCUGACAGGCAGGUAGUAAUUACCUCAGGGUUUCAGCUUCACUUACCCUCGGCUCGGCUCGGCCACUUCUCAUCGGGAUUAACGCUGCGGACAGCAGAGGGGCAUCACGGCCCUCUUUGAAGCCUCGACAUGACAUUACAGAUCCCUUAUCCAAGUCCGAGGCCACUGACAUUUACUUUAUCGCCACGGGGAUAUAAAAGCACUUAGCUGCAUUGCAGGGCGGUACCUUUUAUCACACAAGAUUACUUUUAUGCUGCAGUUGACAUAGAUAUCAUGAAAAGGAAGUAUACCGUCGCUGAGUUUGACGGUUCAUCCCUACAGGGGCACGUACUUUCUCAGGGUCGCUCUGGUUGUAAAGAUUAUCAAGAGAUCUGUAGAGGACUCCUUUAAAACCUGUAGAUGUACGAUGGAGUGAGUAGGUUCAUAAAUAAAGCAGCUCUUAUGUUGAGAGAAAGAAUAAUGUAGAAAGAUACGGGUUGAUGUGCUAAUUAGCUAAAUCUGACAUGAUUCAACACGGAUACAUUAUUGGGCUAUAAGCUUAUUCCCCGUCUUUCUUUCAGACUUAUAUAAGACGAUGAAGAUCACUCUCAUGCCUAGACAAGGUAUCAAUCUCCUCAUCCGACUGUUAGAAAGAAAGAAUACGUGUCAGAACUAUUACUUCAAAGGAGAAACAAGAUGUGUUCACCUGUCAGUGGAGCUUGUAGAGUUUAGUGAGCAACACAUAGAUAAGAAAUGUCCAGAGGGCAGAGAGAAAGUGAGUCAUUGCAUCCUGUGGGAUGCUGCAUGGAUCGGUCACAUGAUCACCAACAUCUCAAGACCAUUAAACCUUGUGGUCUCUUCACUUGUGAUUCACCUUGCAUCGCUGCAGCGUUAUGAAUGGAAACACAUACAACACUGCUGAUCUUUACUCACAGCUCCUCAGUAGACGUGGACGUGUGACCACACGCAUACAGAGCGACAGUGUGUGAUUCACUCCUCUAAUGAGAGAGUAAUUCAUCCCGAUCCUCGCUGUGGCGGUGACAUUACAGCAGACGCUGCUACAGUAUGAGUGUUGAUUUAAAGAAAAGAAACUCCUCGCCUCCAUCUCGCCCUGAGGCCCUCGAGCGGCGCACUCAUCCACUCUGAACCGACUUAUUCUCUUUCUCCUGCAGCUUGUGAAGUGAGACACACAAUGUAAGAAUGUACAACCCUGAAUAUAAACAGAAAUAUGCAAGACACAUUCAAGGAUAAGGUUUAAGUUUGCCCUCAAUCUGUUGUUCUGUUUUCCUGUUGGUUCGUAUCAUGAACAGGAUUACACUUUUUGGAGUCGGUAUUUUUUCUAACGGAUAUGUUAUUUUGUAGCACUUAUUAGAUGUAUUAUGAAUGCACUCCAAGAGUGUACCACAGUUCAAGUGCCUGUGUACAGUGUCGGGUGUCUUUAAGUUCAGAAGUUUGACUCUAUUUUUUUGCAGUUCUUUUAUGUGCAUUUCUUUGAUAUUUUUGAAAGCUAAUGAAGGUUUUUAGUAAACAGAACUUUGGAGACUCAAGCAAACUGUAUAAACCUGGCACCGAUAUAGAGAGACUUACAUUACGCAUUGGUUGCCAAUGAAGACAUACUGUAUGUUAACAUGCUAUAAAUACUGGCAAAUAAUAGGGUCAUGUAGCAUUAAAGAAACCUGUCACCUGAGACCUUUACUCUAAAACUCACAUAUGCUAUAAGUCAAUAGAAAUCAGCUCUACUGUGCAGAGGUUUUUUUGCAUGUACAGUAAGUUUCAUCAUGUACCUCCAUUUCAGAGGUGACGAGACACGUGAUCUGCCGUAACACGGAAUCUAUGGGAGGUUCGCCGUCAUGUGAUAUCGUUACAAACUUUAUACAGAGAGAUCAGGACCUGCUCCCGAAGAAGCUGAAUGUCACCUGUACUUAGCUACUAAUGUAAAAUGCAUUGUGUAAAUGUGAAUUUCUUAGAGUUGAUACGAGAUACAAAAAUACACUAUAAAAUGUAAAAAAAACAAACUAAAAUGUGUGCAAAUGAAGUGAGCAUCUAUAAUACAAUAAACUUGAGGUGUCAUUGCA